AUCUCUUUAAAAUCUCUUUAAAUAUUUUUAAACUAGAUUGGGGACUAAAUAAAUAUAAAUAGUUAUAUUGUAAAGCAUUUUCGGAUUGGGAUAACACUAAUAAUAAUUUAAAUGCUGUUACAGGGUAAUGUGCCAACUGUAUCAUGCAUUUCAUACUUUCAUGGCAGUCGACGUGUUCCGCCGUACAGACCCAGAAAUAGCAAAUUAGAACUGCUCCUAUGUUGUACUACGAUACAUAUUCUACUGUUAGAUGUUUCACAAACGUGACAGCAACAACGAUAGUCAUGUUACUUACCAUGACAAUCUUGUAACCCACUCCAAUCUUAGGCUAAGAUUCGUCACUUGGAAUAACAUAACUGGCCAAGCAUUACUACGUAUUUAUUAUAAUUACAUAAUAUAUUGCUGAAUUUACACCCACCUAAUGACGUACCACAGAAGAUCAUAGUAAAUUAUGCGAACCCAGCCGUGCCCAAUUAUUCUAAACACACCUCACGUAAUUAAUACGUGUAGGUUGCGUCUACGUAUAUAUUCUAUAGUCAGGAUAGUAGUAGGACAGUAUACAGGGUUAGGAUUGUAAUAUGAAGCUAGUAUUACUGGGCGUUGUAGUCGCGCUACUGUGUUCGGGACUAACACACGCUUGGGAACUUAACGUCGAUUGCCAACUAAGAGAAUGGUCAUCUUGGGGACAUUGUGUGUUUGACUUCCGAUAUUUCGGCAACUACAAUGACUGGAGGUUUGUGAGGAUACGUAACAGAGCAAUAUUGUUCAGAAACAGAGGAACUGGGAGACCAUGUCCACGUCGUAUUGAAACAGAAGAAUGCAUCCCCAACUUUGAACCCCACACUUGUGACGUGUCAGCAUGGGAACAAUGGUCAGGAUGCGAGGGAGGAUUUAGAGAAAGGAAGAGAAACGUAAUCGGAGGCGACACGCUUGAAUGCCCACAUCUUAAAGAACGCGAAGUAUGCGAAGCCAAUAUCGACUGUGAAGUAUCUGAGUGGUCGUCGUGGACCACGUGUACCACUUCCUACGUCGAUGAUUACGUCAGAGUGACGUCACGAAGCAGAACAAGAAGGGUGACACGUCAUGGAAGUGGUUCUGGACGACAGUGCCCAGUCUUAAUCGAAACCGAAGAAUGCGCCGAGCCCAAUAAUGGAAAUGGAAAUAGUAACGGAAACGGGGAAAUCCCUCCUACCACUCUGCCAGAAACAACGACCAGACUUUUAGCAGAAAUUCGGCGAACGACGUCCAAACCGAGGCGUAAGUGCCGGAGAUCAAGGAAAUCAAGCGGGUCAAGUGGAUCUAGCGACAGUUCUUCUUGUUCCUCGGACUCGGAUUCGGAUUCAGACUCGGAUUCGGGAAGCAAACGUAGGAAGUAUCGCAGAAGAGGAAGUGACAGUAGCGAUUCAGAUUAAUCGAACAUUUGAAACUCGGCCGUUUAAAGAAAGGAACUUUUACAUAACGGACAUCAAAUUUAAAGGACUUAAUUUGCCGGUGUUUUUUUUUAUUAUGAAGAAAGUUAUGUUAACGUCCAUGUUCAUAUCAUCAAUAAACGUCCAUUGGACGUCUGUUUUUGAUGUUCCUCCAGAAUUGUCCAUUUAUAAGCCAGCUAACCGACGGCGCCCCACCCCAACCACUAUAGUAGUAUCUCUAACCACUAACACCCAAUCCCCAGUUUGUUUAUAUCGCAUUGCCUGUAAUACAUGUGAGCAUGGCCUGCAUAAUUUUAUCGACGUAAUACAACCGCAAUAAAUCAAAUAUACAAAGUC